AUUACCAACGUAUUUCAGCGCCUGAAAAAGGAAUUGUUCGACUCAGUAUUGACGCAUUUCGAAGAGGGAGCACUGGAGUGUUUGAAUCCCGACCUGACCGUGGAUGAACAAGCGGAGUUGUUACCCUACGACAAGAAAUGGGAAUUUCCGCGAGAAGAUCUAAAACUUGGCAAACAACUGGGAAGCGGAGCGUUCGGCGUCGUGAUGAAGGCUGAGGCGCGAGGGAUUCGCGUCGCGGGUGAAACGACGAUUGUUGCCGUGAAAAUGGUCCGACGAUCGACGGAUCCGAGUUACAUGAAAGCUCUCUCGGGCGAGCUCAAGAUCAUGAUCCACCUCGGCCGACAUUUGAACGUCGUCAAUCUUCUCGGUGCCUGCACCAAAACUAUCCGCACCAAGCGUGAAUUGUACGUCAUCGUGGAAUACUGCCGCUUCGGGAAUUUACACCAAUAUCUGCAACGUCAUCGAGCAACUUUCAUCGACCAAAUCGAUCCCUUGACAAAAAAAAUCGAUCCGAAUAUCGGUAUGGAGUUGUUGGCCAGUAGCAAAAUCAUCGCCAGCCAGAAUAGGUUUCACGACACGGAACUGUCACGCAGCAUUAGUACACAGUCAUCUAAUGGCCAUAGUGGCACUCAGAUGGUUGAUUACCGCCAAAGCACACAAUUCGAUGACGUGAACAUGUCUCCUGACCCUGCCGUUUUGAGUAACAAUUCAGUUCAACCUGGAUGGCGGUCUAAUUACCGAGGCGACUACGUAGAUCAUAAUUUAAAUCCCGUUUGUACACGAGACUUGCUCUGCUGGGCUUGGCAGGUAUCGCGGGGCAUGGAAUAUCUCAGCAGUAGAAACGUUCUACAUGGCGAUUUAGCAGCAAGGAACAUACUCCUUGCAGACGAUAACGUCGUAAAAAUUUGUGAUUUCGGAUUGGCUAGAAACAUGUACAACGACAAAAAUUAUACGAAAAAAGAAGAUUGCCCCUUGCCGGUGAAGUGGAUGGCCAUCGAGUCGAUCAGAGACCGAAUCUUUUCAACUCAGUCGGAUGUUUGGUCCUUUGGUAUAGUCUUGUGGGAGUUUUUCACCUUGUCUCGUACUCCGUAUCCUGGUAUGGAAGCCAAAGAACAAUAUGAUCAAAUAAUCGAUGGCUAUCGCAUGGAAAAACCGAAAUAUGCAACGGAAGAAAUAUAUGAUAUUAUAUCAAAUUGUUGGAAAGAAACUCCUAAUUUGCGUCCCUCGUUUUCUGAGCUAGCUGAAACGAUUGGAACUCUGUUGGAAGAAAACAUUAGAAUCCAUUAUGCCAAUCUGAAUUCUCCCUUCGAGAACAUGAAUAUCGAAACUUCGCGAAAUGGCGGAAGCGAUUAUUUGACCGUGAUGUCUGCUCCAAAUCAUAACCAUCACAUUUCACCUAAUCCAGCAUUGGAAGGGCCACCACACUCAGCUUACCAGCCCAUGACUCCAGUCAACACAAGUGGCCAUGAUAUCACGUACGUCGCUCGUCCAGAACUUCAUGAAUCCCAUUUUAAGUUUCCUUUGCUGAAAGAAGACGCUCCGAACAAUUCUGAUUCGGAAAUUUGUAUUGAGCCAACACCUCAAGUCGAAAAUGAAACCCCUCUCAAACCGCCGAUCACGAAUCUCCGUGGAAGAUAUUCCAAUCUCCAGAAUGUUUUACAAAAUCAGUCUUUCGUAAAUGAGGAUAUUUCCAACGAGAUUCUAAAUGUUUCGAAAAACAUGAUAAAAAAGUUGUCACCGCCCUUGCGUGGCAACCGUAAUCAGUACAUCAAUUGAAUGUUAAUGCUGCCUAGGAUAAAGCAAAUAGUUGCAGAAAUUAAAAUUACGUCAUUGUGUCCAAAAC